AUGGAGGAUUCUGGCAGAAUCAACGUGACCAUGACAAUGGGAGAGUACGAACUCUUCAAAGAGGCCAAGAAGCGGGCAACCUUUGAAAAGAAACAAACUACUGCCUCCCGACCGGGAAAGCUACCUGAGGUUUCAAGGAACCGGCUCACGCCUCUGAUAGAGGUUCCAAGAGAAAAUAACCCAUGGAAUUUCCUCUUGCCUUUUAUAGAGAGUCCGGCCAGGGUUAUUACCAGUCGGAUCCUGGUUGCUACAACUACAAGGAGCAACCGUAAGUUUCUGUGGCAGAAAGUUCUCUGCCCAAGGACUCGAAGACGGGAAAGACUAUUGUCCUCGGAGAAGAACGUUGUCAAAGAUCCUGAAUACCACCUCCGCAAGUUCAGGAACGCGGUUCUGCUACAUCAGUAUAGCGAUGUCAUUAAAUGUCGGGUAUUCUUGAAUACCCUAUCGGGCUCUGCCAAAAAAUGGUUCGAUAGACUGCCGCAUGGGUCCAUCACUUGCUUCUCCGAUUUCAAGAUAGCAUUCCUACGCCACUUUGCCAGCAGCAGGAAGUAUCAAAAGAUGGACCACUACUUGUUUGUUCUCAAGCAAGGACCCUCUGAACCGUUGAGAAGCUACAUCAAACGCUUCAAUCAAGUGGCCCAGGAUGCCCCCUCAGCCACAUCAGAAAUACUCAUGAGUGCCUUCUCUCAUGGGCUAACAGAGGGAGAGUUCUUUAGGGAUCUCAUCAGAAAUCCCGUAAAGAAUUUCGAUGAGAUGCUGGAGAAGGUGACCAGCUACAUUAAUGUGGAGGAAGCGCAAGCGGCGCGAAGGAAGACAUACAAACCUCCUCCUGUAAACAAGAUUGAGAGAAGAGUACCUCAACCGCCUGCUCAACCUCUCCCACGUGCUCGUGAAGCCAGACCUACCUUCCACCCAGGUCAGGAUGUUCGGUCGGGCCUACGGGUAGCUACAGUUCAUGCUCGCCGACCUGGACCUUGGGGACCGCGCUAUUGCACAUAUCAUCGGUCCCACAUGCACGCCACCAGUGAUUGUUACCAAUUUGCCCGGGAUUCUCAUCGCUCCGCCGAGCUGAGCCUGCCACCCCCCGAGUUGGCCCCACAGAUCAGGGAGGACCUAGAAUGUAACAACAAAGGCGUGCCGGGGAGCCAGGAGAAGCCCGAAAGGCGAAAAUCGGGGCAACACCGCCAUUCACGACAUAGGCAUAAUCUCCGGAGGACCUACCGACGGAGUUCAGGCAGGGCACGCAAGUCUCAUGAACGCCGUCUGGAGAUCCAUGCUGUUGGAUGCAGCAGGGAGCAGGCCGCUGGUCCUGUCAUCAGCUUUGGGCCACAGGACUUGGAAGGACUGGAGCUGCCUCAUGAUGACACCCUCAUCAUCAAAGUUGUCAUUGCCAAUAGCCGCGUGGCCAGAGUCUUUAUUGACACUGGGAGCUCUGUCAAUGUGUUGUUCAGGUUUGCUUUCGAUGAAAUGCAGAUUGACGCCAGCGAGCUUCAGCCGGUGGCUACUUCCUUAUAUGGUUUUACCGAUAACGAGGUAAAACCCAUGGGGCAGAUCAAGCUAGCCAUAUCUUUGGGGAGUGAACCCUUAGUAAGAACCAAGAGGAGAACCUUCAUUGUGGUAGAUUCUCCCUCCUCUUACAACGUCAUCCUGGGCCGACCUACUUUGCACGAGUUCCGGGUUGCUGUUUCCACUUUCCAUCAAAAAAUUAAGUUCCCCAUGGGAGAGUGGGUCAGGGAAGUUAGAGGGGAGCAGCAGGUUUCUAGGCGAUGCUAUAUCGACAUGGUCAAAGUGGAGGCUCGCAAGGCGCAGAGGACUUAG